GUCCUCUGAGACCCUUUGCAUGCAAGACCAAGCUGAUAUCUUCGUCUCUGAGAGGAGCUCUCCGUCAAAGGUAUACGUGGUACCAGUAGCGUAGCCAGCCAAUCAACUUCAUUCCACGUGCACGGUGGGAAAUGAUCUAAAUGCGGCGUUCCCGAUAACCCUCGAAUCCUCGAUAAGUAGUAACCCGUGUCCAAAGAAGCUCUUGACGAAGCACACCUGCCAAUAUACCAGUAGUUGCUCUUUCUCUCAUAGAUACCCAACCCCAACGUAAUGGCGAACCUUCUUCAAACUCCAGCCCAUGCAGGUGCAGUUCCUUUUUCGCGACCCCCGACUCCUGGAGUACAUCCUCUUCAACUCGGCUUCUGUGGCCUUGGGGCCAUGGGCUAUUUCAUGGCCCGCAAUCUAGCCACAUCCUUUAAAUCUCAACUACCGCCUCUCGUCGUGUACAACAGGACUGUGACAAAGUCCCAGAAGCUCCUCGCAGAACUUGGCGCAUCCUCCAUCAAAGUUGCCGACACUCUCGACCAGCUGGUUACAGAGUGCGAUGUUAUCUUCACUAAUCUCGCGAACGAUGCUGUUGUAACGAGUAUCUACAACGAGUUUGCAAAGGCUCUUGCCCAAACGCCUCCAUCCAAGGUCAAAAUCUUUGUUGAAAUGAGCACAAUUUACCCUACGUUGGCUGGCGAUCUUGACAGACUGUUGUCGAGCUUUCCACAUACCCAUUUUGUCACUUCACCUAUUUUUGGACCUCCCCCAGGGGCAGACAAGGCCACACUUGUUAUUGCCAUGAGUGGAGAUUACCGUUCCAAGAAGGAAGUUGCGUUUCUUCUUGUUCCGGCAGUGGGCCGCAAGGUGAUUGACCUCGGAGGAAAUGUGGAAAAAGCUCCAACAUUAAAGUUGAUCGGUAAUGGUAUGAUCAUGGGUGCCAAUGAGCUCCUCGCCGAAACUCUGACGCUUGGAGAAAAGUCUGGUAUCGGGCAGCAGACUGUAUACAAUCUAGUUAAAGAAAUCAUGCCGGCACCGGGUAUAGUGGCCUACGGUCACAAGAUGGUCAACGACUUGUUUGACGGCUCCGAAGGCUUCGCCCUAGAUGGUGGAAUCAAAGACGCCAAUCACAUCCGUCGCCUGGCCGCGGAGCUGAACUGCCCGAUGCCUGCAGUUGAUAACACGCACCGUGGCCUGAUCAGCGCCCGAGCGAUGCACCAGGCACAGGUGGUCGCAGGGACACAGCAGUGGGACAUCUUAGACUGGAGCUCAUUGAUUGCAAGCAGCCGAGUUGCUGCUGGAUUGAAUCCAUUUGACAGCAGCAAGGGCACAGGAGUUGUACGAGAAGACUGAGGAAUGAGCACUGAGCGCUAAACAUGCAUUGGAAUCCAUAAAGGUGUAUGUAUUAUUUGAUAGAACAAACCGUAGAAUUGUAUGAACUUGAGGCCAUGAAUGUACCUUCAAUAGAUUCAGAGACACAUGUACUUAACCUUGGAA